AGUCUGGAUGAAACCUCCUCCACCCAAGGUUUCUAUGAACCAGAUAUCAGAUAGUCCAAUACAACACCCCUUUCUUAUAACAUUAGUCCAAUAUUACAGCACCCCUUACUUAUAACAUAAUCUAAAAAUUGUUGUACACUGUCACUGUCUUCUUCUCUCAUGUCUCUUAGAACUACAACUCGUACUCACAAGAAUGUCAGAUGCAUGUAGUUGUAGUCACAAGUAAAUAAUACUGUCAUGAUCUUUACAGAAACAGACAUGCACAUAUUUAGAAUCGUCCCCUACAAAAUUCGCAUUUGGUGAUGUCGAUUUUUCUAUUUUUGCAUAGGACCUGAAUUUUUUUAAGAGCAUUUUCUCACCUUUUAACUUUAAAUACAUAGCUUGGCGGAGGCUGUUAGUUUGAUGAUGUACAUACUCGAUGAAAAGAAAAGUAACAGCUAAAAGCAUCCUCGUGCUAAGCAAUUGUUGGAUAUCUUCACUUUUUUUUAUGAUUGAUGAUAUGGCGUAUUACUAUUAGUACUGUAACAAGUUGUCUAGUAUGAAGUCCCAGAAAGUCCCAGUAGACCCAGGGAACGUUUGAUUCUCGUGGAUUCUCUUUCCCGAAGCGGUACGCAUCUAUUGGCUUAGGGGUAGCAGGGAAUUAAUUAGGAAUUUUGUAAAAGCGCACUACUUACAAAUAGUAUACGACCCCUCAACAACAGUUGCGAUCUCUCAGUAGUUCACACCAUGAUCAUUUUUUCAACGUAAUGAUGUGGUUGAAACUCUUUGACCUUGAACAUCACAGACAGACGAUUCGGGCUUGUCCCAGUUUAAUGUGCUGAAGUGUGUAGGCUGUGCAGGCCUCUCUUAAUUUCUUGACUUCCUAUGAUUUUUUAAGUAAGGAGAAGCAAGCUCCUGCAAGAUACUAACGUUAAUCUACUUACUUGCUCUUGCUCUUCUUUUCAGAAGGUACAAAAAGGCUGAACGACCUCAAAGCUACUUGGCCAUGUAGUAACAGAGGUAACAUGACAUGACAUGACAAUUCGUAGGUCAAUUAUAUAGAGAUCUGAAAUUAUCACAAUGAUGAGCAUAUCGUCACAAGGAAAAGAUCUGGGAACACAACAAGACCAUGGGAGGUCAUCUGCGGAGCACGGCUCGUCUGCGAUGUCGUUUCCGGAGGGAGCAACAACAUCUAGAGUGGCAGGUGGAUUAGGCAUGCAACCUUACGGAACGAUUCAGGAGACGAAUGGAGGUCCUUCUGGAGGAGGACCUUCUUCCAGUUGGAACAACAUGCACCAGUACGACGUGUACACGGGAUACAGUGCUAGCAACGCUCUGUCUCAGAUGAACUUCCAGUCACACAACCAAGUGCCAGAUGGCCGCAGCAGUGCUGCCGGAGGCCGACCCAUGGUUGGAAGAGAAGCCGGCAUACUUUGUAAAGAAGCGAUGAGCAAUAUCUUCCGGAAGUGUCAGCACUUGUAUACAAGGAAUAUUUCUGGACGAAGCAUUAUGUGGCGAGGACCUAGGUACAGGCACAAAGGCCCUGGUGUGGAAACUACGAGUGGAAAUUCUAGCGGUAAGGGAGGUGGUCGCGUCGAUGGAAAUGGAAUCAACAAUAGUGGGAGAAGUGGAGGUACGGAUAUAGAGUAUCUAGACGAGAACGAGAAUUUUUGGUUUCCGCAGCGACGUGGGGAGCAACAUUUCUUUCUCCCGGUAUUACUGGAGGAUAUGACCCCAACGCUCCUCCAAGGAAUAUCAUUGUUCCUAGUAGGCUUCGCGAUCUUGCUUGCAGUUUUAGCUCCAGAGGCAGGGAAAAACGCGGCUAGGGCUGGUUCGGCCAUAGAAGGUACAAAAUCGACAGGCCCGAUAUUGCCGUUUGUGUGCAUAUUCAUAGGGACGUUUUUGUCUGGGGUACUGUUGUUGCGCUUGUUCAUCGUCGUGAGGCGGAAUAGCUCCUGGCCUUUCACAUGGCGCUACCUCCUGAUUGGGCUGUUCGUGUGCAACUGCGUGGCGCCUUUGGUGCAGCACGCAGUCAUAACAGCGAUUGCGAAAGGGCUUACGAGGAUGACGGAGGACAACUCAAUGUCAGCUUCGACCGUGAGUGUCGCGGAGAUGCAAAGAGACCAGGUGUUUUUCGCUUCAUCAAAUGCUGAUGCGGCUUUACGAAUAGACAACGUGGCUCGUGUCCAUGACAGUAUAACCGGCACGUCGAUGACGUUCUCCAGCAUCGUUCCUUCAUCCAGCAGUCAUCUGAUUUCUCUGACGCCUUUCUACCACACAGACGAAAGCAAUAACCUGAGUCGCGAUUUGUCUGCGGGAUUGGCCGCCCUUGCGGUGGCGCCGCCGCCACUUGUCGGCGUGCUCGCACUUUGGUAUUUGAGGACGUCGCGGACAACUUAUCUAGCCUCAGAAAUAGCAGCUCCGCUGUUGCUGGCUAGUAACCUCAUCGCAUGCUUCACGGCGCCGGCGAUGUUUGAGUCGUUCCUGGAUCGGGUGUAUGAUCUGGACACCAUAGAUUUGGACGAGGUAGCGGAAGAAAGUAGUUCUUCGGCGCAGACAAGGAUCACUCCAGGUAGUUCUUCCGCCACUUCAGGGCCAACAAUAGUAGUUCACCAAUCGUCAUCUUCGAAGCCGGCUUUUCUGAAUUCGUUCACAGACCAAGUACAUUUCUCGACUCCUUGGGCGACAUAUAACCUGGUCUACUGUUUCAUUCUCCCUGUGCUGCUCGUUAUGCUCCUCUAUUAUGUGAUCAAACCGAUUUUGGACUUUCUGAGGAGAACCCUUGGUCGAGAUGCAGCUGCGGCAGGCACAAAGAAUAAUGCGAAGUACAGGGCCGAGCAGCAACAACGCCAGAGCGGAGCUAGUAACAUGAACUACAAUAGUUAUCACAAUCACAUGAACAACAGCAACAGACCAACCAGAGACUUCGCUGGAUCUUCCUCAGAGAAUGAAGGUAACCAGCAUAACACGAAUCGAGUUGUCCUAGACAUCCACACUGAUGGGGAACAUAAUUCCGUCCCGCCUACUGAAGAGGAGACUGUGAGGAUGAAACAAGGCAAGAAUGAAGAGGAUCGUGCUCGUUUCUACUGGGACGCAACGAAUGGUGAAAAAAUGAGAAGAGCUUCAGAAGACACUAAUACAACGUUUUCAACUGGAGACUACCCAUCUUCCAUUGCUGGCACUCAAGGAUCUUCUUCGCAUCGUAGUCUUGGAGAUAUGAUGAGUACUACAAUAAAUUCUGGCACGUCUCAAGGAGAAAUGCCAUUUCUGCCUCAUCGUCCCAUGAACGACAACAGUAGUAGUAGCAUUGGCGCCACUGGUGCUAAUCCGACUGUGUUGAGGACUGAUACUAGAAAUGGAGCACCAGAACAGCAGACGGCUGAACGAGGAGGAGUUUCAUCAACAAGAACGGACUCAGACAAUGCACCUCCAGUGUGGAACAACCAUAGUGCAGGGAACAAGACUACGGGGAUGAAUGAUUGUGCUGGUACAACUGCAUCACCUGUCAUGAAUACUCGCCCACCAGAGACGAGGACAAGCAAGAUUUUGCUAGAGCGACAGGACAGCUUGAAAAUGAAGGAGCUGGUGAAACUUGCUCUUCCACCACCCAAACUCGAAAGCCUCCUACAUAAGCGAAAAAUGAAAGCCUUCGUACUCAUCACUUCGCUUUUGUUGGCUCUCACCGUGUGGUCGCUAGCAUCGCUUGGGCGAGAUAGUAGUUCGAAAUUAGGUCGCGCCGGUAGUGGCAAAGGGGGUGUAAUAUUUGCACAGUUGCUUUUAGCCGUGGUUUGUGGAAUAAUGCUGCAAUUAUUGCUUUGGGCAGUGAAUUACGUCGCUCUUUCUGUUCUCAUGCCUUUGCUGCGAAAGAUAGAGUUCAUGCUUGGAGGUAGCGAUAAACUACUGAUGGAGCAGCUACAGUACGAAGACGAAUGUGAACGCAAAGAGCGAGAAAAACGAGUAGCGGCAAUGAAUAAGGGAGGUGAUCAUGGAGGUUUUAGUGACUACUACAACUCAGGCUCAGCAUCAGGCUUUAGCCCUUCUUCUUCUGUGGGAGCUGCAGGUAGUGGAGGCGGCGCACUAGCUGCAGCAUCUGCAUCGUCGUAUUACGACUACGUGGCCCAAUACAAGGACUUCAAGCCAUUAGGUGGCAAUGCUGUUGAGAAUGUUGCGCUGUUGCGGUCUGAUAUAUUGCGGUCUGAAAGUGGGAGGACUGGGAUUGAUGCGGGGAAAGGCACGACGACUAGAGGGUCGACUGUGACUCACACGAGACGAGAGGCGCACAGAAAACUGAUGACGAGCACAGAAACUGAGGAUAGUGCAGCUUCGAACGAAAACAAACAGUCGGUAGGUGGACCUCCAAGGGCUUCUUCUUCGAGCGCCAUGAUGCACCAGAAUAGAGAAGCUGCCAUCCUCUCAAGUUUGAAUGACCAAGUUGCGUUUCAGCCCAGACCGAUUUCGCCUUGCCCACCAAGUCCUAGCAUCCUGUAUCUGGAUGGCCGUGCUCUACCCGGACAGGGAACAACUAGUGUCCGUACUACAAAAAUGGUCCACCGAGGCGGCCCUCAGGCUCCGGAUGGAGGUCUUGGGCAAGGCCGUAUGAUCCGAGCCGAUAGUUUAGUGGACACAAGUCUUACUUUACGAGAAUCCAGUAUAGAUCGCCGGCGCAGCGGCACUUCAGUGCAACAUGGGACAAAGAUGAUAGUCACUGGUAGUGAUGGUAAUAGACGACAUAGUACUAACAAUUGGCAGAAGAACGUCAAACCGUUGAAUAGUACUUCCAGGACGAACGAGAACUCUCCUCCCGUGAAUCGAGACGAUGAGAGUGGAAAAAAUAGUGCGACAUUGAGUAAGAGCAGGUCGUCUUCUACCCCACCCGCCGCUCAUCUCUACCUUUCUGCUGGUGCAGCCGGGGAUGAUUCAUUCGGAACUACUACCAUCUCACAGUCACACUACAGGGAAGGAGGUCAUCGAAGAGAGCCGCCUAUCACGACUGGCAGGCCAACAAAUGCUCCCAUGCCAACGACCACCAAACUCGACCUUCCAGACCAGGGUGGCACUAUAAUGACAGUAACUUCGUCGACUAGUGAUAGUUCUAGUAGUACAACUUAUCCGUCUACUGGAGUCGCAGGAGCUUUUGGCUCAUCUGGUACGUCAUUUGAUAACAAGAGCUAUGGAGAAGACAAGUCGAGUAGUACUUCCGAGAAGAGCAGUGCUGGUGUUUUCCUGAAUCCUAGGCCACCGAAUUCUGCAUUCGAUGCGCCUUCUUGUGCACCAUCACAGUGCAGUGUGGGUGGUGGUACCCGUGGAGUACUAGUAAACAGCGGAAAUGGGAGGUUCUUCAACGGAAACCAACAAGACAACAACCCUAACAAGAACAACUCGUAUUCUCAGCAUGAUCACAGUAACAAUAAAGAUAGACAAAACUGCAACUCGAACUCCAACAUGUCCAACAGGAGUUCUACUCUGCAGCCUGCACGACCUUUAGGCGGAUACGACACUGGUUCUCACAGGAGUUCUACUCUGCAGUCUGCACGACCUUUAGGCGGAGGUGAGAGUUUUCUGGCCAGUGCUUUCAGUGUCGAAGUGCAACAGCCAAGGACUAUUAGGGAGGAUAGUUUGAUGUGCAGCCACGAGCAGUUCUUCUUGGAUCGAGAACAAUUUGUCCGCGUGUCGGAAGACGUAAUCCAGCGACCCAGAAAAGCUCGUGAGGAUCAUGCUUGGAGAGCACUGUUCCUCCUAGCUUCGGAACGCAGUCUCUUCACAGCAUUAGCGCUUCUUCUCAGCAUUAGCAGGAAACCAGUUUGUUUUUUGUUGAGCACUAUUGCGGGAGGGGGGAACUCUGGAUCUGGUAAUAGCUCUGUUUCUGAUGGAAGUGGGUCGGCGAAUAUCAAAACGAUCGAUGAUUUCUUCACCAGCGAACAAAAAGGAGAGUAUAACAUAUCGACGGUGGUGGUUUUUGGUUGUCUUAUUGCAACGUUGGUGCAGAUGGCGAUGAACGCGGAGCUAGUGCGCAGAUGGGAAGCGCAACGUGUAUAG